GACAGUGCACAGUCUACUACGGACCGCGUGAGCGAGAGUGUGCUUCUUCCGUUUGCUUUAUCCGAUAGAAAGGACGAAGGAAGAAAAAAGUUUUUCAUUUCAUUUUCUAGACUGCAUUCAACAAGGUGUACCCCAUCAUUACUCCUGCCGAUCGGAAAAAUUUGCCUGGUAGUUUAGUUAUUUUAAAAUCAGAAAGGACGAACGAAGUGGUUAUAUCUUUCCCCGUGAACUUUAUUGUUAUUAUUAUGGUUGGCAUUAUGCUGAGCAGAUCUAUUUUUAAAUCUGAGGCUUUUCAUGCAUCUUCUUCUGCAAAUUCAAGCCGAAGAGGGAUUAGAAAUUGAACAGAAUACAAGUGAUAUCUCAAUCGCGGCAGAAAUGUAAAUGGUAAUGAAUGUUGGAUUAAUGUGCGAGAUCUGUGAUACCAAGUAGCAUCUAGAGUAGACGAGUUAACAUGUUAAAUAAAAAUUCUUGAAAUGCUGCGAAAAGCUUCUCUGGUGUCUGUGUGAAAACAAAGAAAUAUUUCCUUCGUUGUACUGAGAGAAAGUUAAACGAGUGGUGAUAGCAUUGAUAACUAAUGAGUAUCGUGCAUGUCAACUGUGCUGGUUGAAGAAAAAAAAGCUUCGAAUCAUUAUGAAUCAUUCAGUGAUGAUUUGUUUUGCUAAUUUCUACCAUCGUCGAAAUGGAUCCUUUUUCCCCUAAUUUAACUGGAAUGCGAAUUAUUUCGUGCAAGUAAAGCAUCUCAAACAGGUGUUAAUCGAUUUUUCAGUGAAUCAACGAACGGUUCCGUGGGGCUCAUGGCUAUGAAUCACCGGAUUUAUCAGCAUUGUUGUGGUCGUUCCACAGAAUAAUGGCGCGGUAAAAAAGAGGUUAGCAAACAAAACCAUAAAAAGCCAACCAGCGACCAGUCGUCUCCACCACCCACCCACGUCACCCUUCGGACAGUGGGGUGGCAUAUCGCAAUAACAACGUAAAAUGCGCGUAAAACCAAAUAGGAAAAUUGCUUCGUAUCAUCAUUGCCGUCGUCUUAUCAAAUCAAACCGCAGCAACUUCAUCAAUCGAUAUGAUCAAAGCAGUACCGGCAGCACUGGAGCACGGAUUGUCCAGUCACUGCCAUGACCAGCAUGCAAAGUCCUACCACCACCAGCACCAGCAGCAGCACCCCCAACACAAACGGCGUAAGAUGAGCCUAUUGACGCUCAAGUUCAACCGAAGGCGAUGCUAUCUCUUUCUGAAGUUGCUACUGCUGUUUGUCGUGUUUGGACUGUACUUUGUGCUGCUGCUGCGAGAAUCGAUGACGGCAUUUGCCACCAUUCGGAACAAAAAUGGCGCGAAAAGUGAAGUGCAACACAAACCUCCGGCAAAUGGAAAACCGAUACGGUCGGGUCGUAACAACAAUCUUAUCAAGCAUCGAUCGAACAACCAUAAACAGCAGCUGACAGCACCGAACUCUUCCAAAGAUCAGAUGAUUGCGAUGACCACAAACCACUCGACCCUGAACCCAGUUUACGAAUACUCGGAGGAAAUGAAUGCCGCAGCCGAGGCGGAAUUCAACGAGCGCCGUUCGUUGCUGUGGAAUGUGUGCGCCGAACAUCGGAUCAUCGGAAAGUAUACACCAAAUGCUUGGGAGUUCUUCAUCUCACCCGGCCAUGGUCUGGCGUGGUGUAGCGUUUUCAAGGCAGCAAGCAGUACAUGGAUGUAUUAUUUUAAUCUUUUAGGAGGAUAUGAUUCCCAUUUCCUGCAACGGACGAGAGCAUCACCAAUAGACCUGGCCCGUAGACGGUUUCCCCGACCACAUACCUCCGAGUUGAACGACCAUUUGUCAAACACGAUAUCCUUUUUGAUAGUACGUGAGCCCUUCGAACGCCUGGUUUCCGCUUACAGGGACAAACUGGAAGGAUCUCGGAACAAGUACUACAAACUGCUUGGUGAGCAGAUUGUUUUAAAGUUUAGAAAAAAGAAGAAUGCAGACAGGUUCAUACAGAAACUACCAAAAGGACCAACCUUUCGUGAGUUCCUCGAGUUUCUUGUGAGCCACUACAAGAGUGGUGGACGCUUUGAUGAACACUGGAGUCCAAUUUAUUCCUUCUGUACGCCCUGCAGCAUCAACUUCACUCUGAUAGCAAAGGUGGAAAGUUUCCAACGCGACAGUGAAUACAUCAUACGACAGGCUGGACUUGAAACACUACUACUGAAUAAACUCCCACGUAAUAAAUCGCGGGCUAUUGCGAAUCGUUCCACAAGCAAUACCAAAGCUCUUCUAGCGAGAUACUUUUCCCAAAUUGACGAGCGACUGUUGACGGAUGUUCUCGAAAUUUACCAGCUGGAUUUCGAGCUGUUUGGCUACAACAGUACGAAGUAUUACAGUUAUGUUCAAGAAACUGUAGACGAAGAACAACAAAACUAAAGGCUGUAGCGAAGAACUUAUUGUUCCCAUGGAAACGAACAUGGGUACAACAGCAAACAGAGAAAUUUACCCACGUUUCACACAAUCAAGACUUAAUGCUGUAGGGUAGACAGAAAAAAAACAAACAAAAAAAUGUAAAACACACAUAAAUCUUGUUCGAUGUUCAAUUUUUUCUAGAACUGUGUCAUUAGAGUAGCGUAUACACAAAUUACAAAUAUUUUUCGAAAAUGGAAAACAAAAACAAUGGAAAAAGUUAACGGUUCUUUUCAUAGGUUAGUUUCACAAAGUAUGUUAGUAAAUUAUUCAAUAUUAUCGAGUAAGUGUCUGCAGAAAAAAAACGAUCGAGACAAUUCAGUACCAAAAAUCUUUAACGAAGGACUAAUCCCACCAUGUUUUCAAACAGCGUAACAGACAGUGUUAGAAAUGAAUGGCCGACCUAUUAAUUUAUUGUUACCGAUGGUAUAUGUUUUGGUCUCAUAGAUAUUUAGCAUUCGCAACAAAUAUUUGGCAAAUAUUAAAGCGUUACCAUGUACCGAGUCCCCAAAGGAAUGAUAACUUCACGAAACACACCAACUGGAGGUGCCACCAUUUCGCAAUACUUUAAAAAUAGUGCAUAUUUUCCUACCAACCAUAACAACAAAAUUUAUGAUAACACAUUAUAAGCUUAGAUAGUACUGUCCUGAAACUCGUUCUCAGCAGCAAUUUCCGUGGAUAAUGUGCCAAAUAUGUCGUGAAAAAGUUAUCGUCUUCGCUGACCGUUUUGUUAAGCCUUCCAAAAGGUGCUAUAUAUACGUCACACUUACACACACACACACACUUUCUCUCACACAACACAAACAUAUUCGAACAAACACAUAUAAUCCACACAAUAACAAUACGGCUGUCUGAUGUGGUUCGAACAUACAUAAACCGUAGACAUAGUCAAGUCAUGGAAAUAUACUGUACUAGAUGUUGUAUUACUAUUGAGAUCCACAAAACCAGCACCAAACAAGAAACAUAAGAAAAGAAACAACUCAAAGUUAGUUGAUAUUUAGAAGCAAAGCCCGAACUAGUAGAAAACAAACGAACUGCUCGAAUUAGUUAUACACUAACGUUUGUCUCAACACGAGUAUGUAUCUAGAACGAGAAAACUGUUUCGAAAAAGAUUUAUUUUUAUAGUAAUAUUUGAAAAGAAAAAGAAACCUUCAGAAAAUGUAAUAUGGUCAAUCCGAUUCUAAAUAUUUGACUACCAACAUUUUUUCCGUUUCAAAGUGAUCGAAAGCAAAAAUUAUAGUAUUUUUUGGAACCGCACUAUACUAGAGAAGCUUUUAUCCUAAGUCAAACAACAAAAAUUGUACUAUUAAAUGUCGUUGUCAACUAUGUACCUUGUAUUUACAAAACAAAAACAAACAAAACCAUAAAGGUAUAGUUUUACACGCCGUUUCCAUCAGUUUCACAUUCACCGACUCAGUUGUUUGAGAGUAUGUUAAGAAAGGAAGUUAUGUAGCUCAGAACAGGAAACAUAAUAGGGCAUCCGAGAUACAAACGUAUAGGAGGAACAUGUAUUUAGCAAUACUCCUGGCACGAAAACAGACUGAAUCAAAAAAAAAAAUAAAGGCAAACCAACUUGCGGUAGUGACGUUCAAACGGUA